AUGGAGGAGCAAGAUGUGAUUGAUCAAUCAUUUGGAGGUGUCAAUGAAUUGUCUAUGUCUCCACCUACCUUAUUUGAUGUGAUUGGAGAGCCACAAUCAAUUCCUUGUGCUGUUGAAAUGAUCCCAACACCUACACCACAAAUGAAUUCCACAAAAUGGAAGGAUUUGAUUAUUGGAGAAGGACAAAUAUUUCCAAAUGCCACUACUCUCCGGAAAACAUUAUACAAGUACAGCUUAUGCCAGAAGUUUUCGUACGUUUUCAUUAAGAAUAAUCAGCAAAAGAUCAUUGUGAAGUGCAAGGUUGAUGGUUGUCCAUGGUAUAUGGGUGCAUAUUCAAUGGGAGCACAUCAAGAUACUGAGUUUUUAACUAUCAGAACGUACAAAAGUGAACACAUUCAUCAUGCACAGGACAACUUAAUUGUACCUCACUCAGGAAGGUCAAAUUUAGCUGCUUCGAUUGUGAUUGAUGACUUGAGGUGCAAUGUUGACAAGAGUCCUAAUGAAAUCAGAAAGGACUUGUAUAAAGAAUAUGGAGUGCAAUUGAACUAUACUCAAGCAUAUAGGGUUAGGAAGAGAGCACUAAUGGAAUUACAUGGUCGAGUAGAAGAUUCUUAUAAGGUAAUCCCUUGGAUGUGUGAGAGACUCAUGGAAACUGAUCCUGACACAGUUGCAAGAUGGGAAGGCUCAGAUAGCAACCGAUUUGAGAGGCUAUUCAUUGCAUAUGGAUGCUCAAUUAAAGGCUUUGUGGAAGAAUCUGAAAGAAUAACCAGAUCAGCACAAGUGACAAUUGUCUCAGAUCGGAGUAAUGCUAUUAUCGGUGCUGUCAAGACAGUAUUUGAUGGUGAUAGACAUGCUUUUUGCUAUCGACAUGUGAAAGAAAAUUAUAGUGCGCAGUAUGUGAAAAUCAAUAGAGGUGUGAGACGGACCUCAGAAAAUAACAAGGAGAAUGCACUUAAUUUACUUGAUGGAAUUGCAUAUGCAAGGCAUGAUAAUGAGUUUAAUGUUGCAAUGGGAAAUUUAAGAUUGUUUUGUCCUCAAUUGGCACAAUGGGUUGAAUCUCAUGGGGAUGUGGAUAGAUGGGCGCAAAGUAAAUUUCCUUUUAAGAGAUGGGAUAACAUCACCAAUAAUCUUGCUGAGUCUUUUAAUGCAUGGAUGUUGAAAGAAAGGAAGCACGCCUUGCCGGUUUUGAUACAAGAGCAUCAAGAGAAGUUGGCCAAGAAGAUGGUUGCUAGCAAAAUGGGGAUGAAAAGCUGGAAAAAUGGUGUAGGACCCAAUAUUGAAUCAAAGUUGUCGGAACAAAUAGCAAGAGGUGCGUGUAUGGAGGCAACAUAUUAUGGUGAUGACCAUAUUUCGGUGCAGACAAUACGUGAGGGACGCAUCAUCUAUGUUGCUGUUGAUCUGAUUUCUCACAGAUGCACAUGUUUGGCAUGGCAAAUGAGUGGAAUACCUUGUCCACAUGCUUGUGCAGCAAUCAAACUAGUUCACCGUAGUGUGUAUGAUUAUGUAGAUGAUUGUUACAAAUUGUCCACACAGGAGAAAAUAUAUGCAAAUAGCAUGAGGCCAAUUGCAACACAUGAUUGCCCACAGCCUGAUGCACCUACUGUGAGUCAUAUGCUGACCCAAACAUUCUUGCAUCCACCGAUAACCAAAAGGCCUCCAGGAAGGCCAAGGAUUAAUAGGAUAGAAUCUCAGUUCCAAAAUAAGAAGGUUUAUCAUUGUGGAAGAUGCAAAGAGCCUGGACACACUGCCAAGACAUGCAAGAACCCAAAUCCCAGCUGA